UCUCCUCGGGCAGUGGCUGCGCCGAGCCAGUGCCGCGCUCCCCGCAGCCGUCGGGACCGGCACAGCCGCCUCGCUCUCUCCGCGCACCGCUGGCCCCACCGAGCGCCUAUGGGCAUCUGCAGUCGGCGAGGGCUUCGCACCACCGCCACCGCCAGCAGCGGCACAGGGCGGCGACCACCACCCCACUUCAUCGCCUCUUGGGAUCUAUAGCCGGCGGACGGAGCGCGCUGCGGACCCUUCCCCGCCUUCGAGCAGGAUCAGAGAAAUGAGACUGGAGAGGCAGUAUCCCUUGUGUUUCAAAAGAAUAGAAGAGUACGCCUAAGAAAUGUGGCAUAAGGCAUCUUGUGGAGAGCUCACCUCUGUCUUUUUCUAGAAGACAAAGGAUGGUUUGGAAAUUUGCCCUGUCCAUUUUUCUGAUGGCAGCACUGGUUCGAGUAACGGACACCAGGAAAAACCGCCCUGCAGGUGCCAUUCCCUCCCCGUACAAAGGCAGCAGCAGCAACCACUCGGAGCGGAGGCAGCAGCUGAACAAAGAGGUGUUGGCCUCCAGCCAGGAGGCCCUCGUGGUCACCGAGAGGAAGUACCUCAAGAGCGACUGGUGCAAGACGCAGCCGCUGCGGCAGACUGUCAGCGAGGAGGGCUGCAUCAGCCGCACCAUCAUCAACCGCUUCUGCUAUGGGCAGUGCAACUCCUUCUACAUUCCGCGGCACGUGAAAAAGGAGGAGGAGUCCUUCCAGUCCUGUGCUUUCUGCAAGCCACACAAGGUCACCUCUUCGACUGUGCAGCUGGAGUGCCCCGAGCUGGACCCACCAUUCCGACUCAAGAAAAUUCAGAAGGUCAAGCAGUGCCGGUGCAUGUCUGUGAAUCUGAACAGCUCAGGCAAACUGUGAGAACAGGCACAUAGCUGCUGCUUGGUGUUGUCUCCACCAGCUUUACUACUGCCUCUCCUCUCACAGUGAGCAGACUGUCCAUUUUGUUGGUUUGUUUCUUCUUUUCCUUUUUUUUGGUGUUUUGUUUUCUUUCAGGAGGCAUCUCCAGCAAGGAAAGGCUCCUUGUCACUUGCCUACUGGAAUAACGCUUUUUAACCAGCUGUGUUAUGCACUUCACCAUAAAGUUUCAUUGCAUUUUAAAUAUCAUCUGGCAGUUGAAGCUUCUGGAGUGGAGCAGGCUCACAGAAGUUGGGAUUGAUCAUCUAAGUGACCAGUUGGCUGAAUCCAGCAUUAAAUGUUUCCACUGUGUGGAGUAAAGCCCUCUGCCCUACACUCCAGUUCCCUCCACAAGUUGAGAACACCUUCCCCAUGCUUUGGUCUGGAGCUUGCUUCUCUCACUUGGAAGUGCUGGAGUGCUGCCCAGGACUGGGGGACGGACACAGAUGAGGGAGAGUAACGAGGAGUAAUAUGUGAAAAGCAAGUGAGACUUUCUGAUGAGGCUCCGCUCCUUAAGACGGCUUCAAUUGUGCAAUGACAAAUGGUUCUGGGUUUGUUGUCUGAACAGCAGAUCAGAAGCAAGGGGAAGAGGGUGAGGCACUGGGUCAGCCACGGUGACCACAGAGCAGACUGAGGGUGGGUUCUGAUGCUGUUGUGGUUAGAGUAUAUUGAACACAUGGCCUCUGCAUCAGUGUUUAUUUUGUAACCUAGCUAUAGUAAACAGCUGUUUAAAGUGUUAUAGACCUAGCCAUGUAUAUUUUUCUUGUGGCAGAGUAUGCCAGCAAUUAAAAUAUAUUAAGAGACUCA